AUGUAAUCAAAGAGAACUAUAACCUCAAGCCAAAACAAAUCACUUUAUUUAUCAAUAAAAUAUUUCAAAAAGUUCAAAUAAUUCAUAAAAACUGCUGUUGUCAUGGCUAAGCAUCAUCCAGAUUUAAUUUUCUGUCGCAAGCAACCUGGAGUGGCUAUCGGACGUCUUUGUGAAAAGUGCGAUGGCAAAUGUGUCAUCUGCGAUUCAUACGUCAGACCAUGUACAUUAGUGAGAAUAUGUGAUGAAUGCAACUAUGGAUCUUAUCAGGGUAGAUGUGUUAUUUGCGGAGGACCAGGUGUAUCAGACGCCUACUACUGCAAAGAAUGCACUAUCCAGGAAAAAGACAGAGAUGGCUGCCCAAAAAUUGUAAAUCUUGGCAGUUCAAAAACAGACUUAUUUUAUGAAAGAAAAAAGUAUGGUUUCAAAAGAAGAUAGUAUCUUUAUUCUUACGUUUACAUCUUAAGAAUGAUAUUUAUGCUGUAAUCUUCCUCUAAACAACCCAAGUAAGUUGAAGUAUAAUUAUAUAUAUUGGUUUUAAAUACAACAGUAAAUUAUCUGCAAUGGAUAAUUUCAUUUGGAAAUAUAUUAGUGAAGAAGGACUUGAAUAAAUUUUCUGUACUUUUACAUUUUAAUGAAGAAAAAAUACAAAAUGAUUGAUUUUCUUUUUUAAUGAUGUGUAUUUCAAUUUAAAUUAUCUUCUUUAUCACAUUACAUAUCAUAAUGUAUUGACUUGUACUACCAAGUGAAGACUUUUUUUCACAAACAGCUUAAACAUGUAUAUUACCGUGAACAGUUAAAUUUAUUAGCCAUGCAAUUAAAAACACUAGGACAAGAACUUAUGAAUUGAUAAAAUUUUAUUUAACACCUAUGUAGAACCCUCAAAUAAAAACUCACGGCUAUUAAAUUCAACUGCCCAUCAAUUGAUUUAUUUAACCCUUAAAAUUACAAACAACGUCUUUCUAAGUUAAAAUUUGUUAGGAUUUUUUUCACAGCACACUUCAAACAAUCCACUUCUAAUAAGAAGUAUUCGUUUAAUGUUACACAAUUGGUUAUUGCAAUUCACUCUUGCCACUAUGUACACUUUACAUGUCUUAAAUAUCCCUUGAUUGUUUCACUCCUACAACUAUUUGAAAACGCUACAUUAAUUUUCUACAUAGCUCUGUAGUUAACAGCGUGCAUCAAAACUUUAAUGAAGUCAAAUUUUCAUAGAGAAAACGUAUAAUUGAACAGCAACAUUAUUUGUAUUCUUAGAAAUAAUCCUAUACUACAACUAUAAUACGAUAUGCCAAUGUUAACAUGGAUUACAUUGCGAGCUUAGCAAAAUUUCAUUAGCUGCUACAGUAGUUUGUCUACAUUUAUUUUUACUUUUGGUGUUUUAUAAUAUAAUACUGCAAAUGAUGCAUUAAAACUUAGGCCCACUUUAGCUUUAGGAUUGUGCAAUAAAAUCCUGGAUUUGCAUUACUGUGUAUCAAGUUUAAAAAAUAAAAUCUGGACUUUACCACGAAAUGAAAAAUAUGUAUUUAUGUAUAUAUUUUGCAUACAAA